AUGGUCAUUCCGAGCACAGACACAAGCCGCAAUCGGACAGCUCCUCGCUUCCCACGCACUCGCAUCAGCUAUGGAACCGGUACAUUAUGUGACACAAAUCGGUUUAAUGGGAAUGGUGCGUUUGUUGAGGAUUUAGAAGACGACGCAAAGGAUAGCGACGAAAUUCUGCAGAAACGUGCACGCCAGCUCCAUUCACAUACCCGCCGUAACGUGGUCUGUAUUUUCAUCAUAAUUGUCGGAUUCGUCGCGCUUUUGCUCGUUUCGAAUGUGAAUCACGAGUCGCAUCCGCACCUACGUCCAACUUCUGGCUAUGCAAAUCGACUUGAGCUGCUCACUCGCUUGCUUCGACAACUCCCUGAUCUACCAAUGCUGGAGAAGAGAGUUUCGGUCAAUGGAGAGCUUAACACAACCCUCAUUGUCGCUGAAAAGCUGGUACAUAAUGGCCCCAUUGCCUUCUACACACGCGCGUACGAAAACAGUAUACCUGGCCCUUUACUGGUGGUGAAAGCUGGGGAUGUAUUGAACAUUCACUUGGUCAAUAAAUUAGGUCCCAAUGUUAUUGGUGUUUGGGCUGCCAAUACAAUGCAUAAACCUAAUAAUACGAACUUGCACUUUCAUGGAAUGCACGUGGACCCCAAGGGUAAGGAGGACAAUGUCUUUCGAAUUGUGCCCCCGGGAGAGAGUGCCGAUAUUCAGCUGCAUGUACCAUGGAAUCACCCGCGGGGGUUAUUUCAUUAUCACCCACAUGUCCAUGGGUCGGUCUUCUUACAAAUGGGAGGAGGUAUGGUUGGUCCAAUCGUUGUCGAAGAUGACCCGACUACCGUUCCGAGUGAAUUCUCGGCCAUUCGUCAGAAACAUGUGGUCGUGCUGCAAGAGUUUAAGUUUACGGGGGGUAUCAUGACGUCUCUCGUUGAAGCAGCUCAAGCGUCGCGUAGUACUCUUAACAUGCAACUCACGUAUACAGCCAAGACAAAGCUUGGAGCUCAAGUAAAAGCGCUAUAUCCGGAUGUCCACGAAUCAGAACGUCCGAUACGAAAAGCGACAUUAUCAAAGGAUUUAUUGGAUGAAAUUACCAUGAAUGACAAAAAGCCGAAUUAUCCGCCAAUGGCACAAUAUUUUGCUGUGAAUGGCGAAUAUUUACCAAAAAUUCAAAUUCAUCCGGAUGAAAACGUCUUGCUUCGAAUUUUACAUGCUGGCGGCAUUGCUUCACUCGAAAUCCAAAUUCCUGGCUGCUCAAUCAUUUUGGCUGCUAGUGAUGGUCUUUACUUGCCAAAGCCUCGUGUGCGAAAGACUGUCAUUCUUUCUCCUGGUGCUCGAGUUGAUCUCGUAAUAAAUUGUGCGAGAACAGAAGAUGGUCAUGAAUUCCUGCGUCCGAUUCAGUCGGUGAAAGACCCAGAUUUACACUUUUUUAUGGGAAACCACUCAGAUUUUUAUUCGGGAGUUUUGGCUUUUCUCUACGUCCAUGGUGAAUCUCGAAAUGAAUCACUUGUCACAAUGGUACCACCGCCAUCUCAACUUUAUGGACCGUCCAAGAGUUUACUAGCGUUGUCCGGAAAAGACCACCGCGAGAUGGAUAUCGUCCCGUUUGAGUUUGAGUUUACAAUGGGCGAUCCAAUUUUAAAAGAUGAUUACUACUAUAAACCAUGUUACGUAAACCACGAGUUAUUUACCGGUCAGAGCAUUCGAAAUCUCACACUUGAUCGUGUCCAAGAGUGGGUUAUCACAAACAAGAGGAAUGAAAAUGGCGAUGUGAGUCUAAAAAAUCAUCCAUUUCAUCUGCAUACAAAUGCCUUUCAAAUUGUAAACAUGAGUCAUGGACAUGGUGUGGACUACGAAAUUGGCGAUUGGCGCGAUGUGAUUUCAAUCCCGACGCCAGGAGACGUAACGAUCCGAUUUCGACCCGAAGAUUUUACGGGAUUUGUUGCAGCACAUUGUCAUAUUCUUGGUCAUUCGGAUGCUGGAAUGAUUGCCGGAUUUGAUAUCAUUCCGAACGAUUCGAACUAA